AGCGCCAAUAUUCGAACUGCAUGCUGGGUAAAACACGCAAGCAUGGCGGACGAAGUUGAACAGCAACAAACAACGACCACAGUGGAGGAGCCGCUGGACCUCAUCCGGCUGAGUUUGGAUGAGAGGAUCUACGUGAAAAUGCGAAAUGACAGAGAAUUGCGUGGCAGAUUACAUGCUUAUGAUCAGCAUUUGAAUAUGAUACUCGGAGAUGUUGAGGAGACUGUCACAACAGUUGAAAUUGACGAGGAGACGUAUGAGGAAAUAUACAAGUCCACAAAGAGGAACAUUCCCAUGCUGUUUGUUCGUGGAGAUGGUGUGGUCCUUGUUGCUCCACCGCUAAGAGUCGGCUGAGGAUUUGGAGGCCCCUGAUAAUUAGACAUUAACUUUUUCAUGGAUCAUCAUAUUGAAAGCAAGGACUUAGUUUGCUACCUUUUUGUUUGAAACACAUGGCUUAUGUGAGUGAGAAAAAAGUGAAGAUCUGUUUGUUUGAAUCAGUACUUUGGACUUUUAUUUGUUUUUAUUUUGGGACUGUACAUUGUCAGUGUAUUGUAGGUUCAUUUCCAGUCUAAGUCCUGCAGUCUUUUCAUUUUGUAAAAUGCAAUAAACAGGCAAAAUCUGUUAACUGUAUCAUGUCUGUAGAAUGUGCUGCCUUUUGUAAUUAAACUUUCGUUUCUCCCCAUAAAA